GCACGGGCUGCCUGGUGAAGGCGGUGGAGACGGCGGCGCAGCGCGAGGCCUUCAUCGUGGGCAAGCCCAACCGCUACAUGUUCGACUGCGUGGCCAGCGAGUUCCACAUCGACCCCGCCCGCACCAUCAUGGUGGGAGACAGGCUGGACACGGACAUCCUGAUGGGCAACAGCUGCGGCCUCACCACCCUGCUGACCCUCACCGGGGUCACCACGCUGGAGGAGGUGAAGGGCCACCAGGAGAGCGACUGUCCCGCCAGGCAGAGCCUGGUGCCCGAUUACUACGUCGACAGCAUAGCCGACCUGCUCCCGGCCCUGGGGGAUUAG